AAGCCAUUAUUAUUAUUAUUAUUUUAUUAUUAUUAUUAAUCAAGAAGAGCUUGAAGCUAAGUCUAUAUCUGACCAGUCGUUAUCAUUUUCACAGUAACAGUCAUGGCAAGUAAACGAAAAUCAACAACACCCUGCAUGGUCUUAGCCAAUGAGCAGGAUCCAGAUCUAGAAAUGGUGUCAGACUUGGAGGAAGGACCACCUGUGCUCACACCAGCAGAUAACCCUACAGCAGAGGGUGUAACAAGUGAUGAGGAUGUUCAUGAGUGUGUGGAUUCAGACAAUAAGAAAACCACAAAUAAAGUAGAAGGUGGUUAUGAGUGUAAAUACUGUACUUUUCAGACUCCAGAUCUCAAUAUGUUUACUUUUCAUGUGGAUUCAGAACACCCCAACGUAGUAUUAAAUUCAUCCUACGUUUGUUUAGAAUGUAAUUUCCUUACCAAAAGAUAUGAUGCCCUCUCAGAACAUAAUUUGAAGCACCACCCUGGAGAGGAGAAUUUUAAAUUGACUAUGGUGAAACGUAAUAACCAGACAAUCUUUGAACAGACAGUAAAUGAUCUCACUUUCGAUGGGAGUUUUGUUAGAGAAGAAAAUGCUGGACAGGCUGACUCUUCUGAGGUCCCCUCAUCAGGGAUCUCCAUUAGCAAAACUCCUAUCAUGAAAAUGAUGAAAAGCAAACCUGAGGCUAAACGUAUUGCUGUUUUCCACAAUACAGUUGAUGACAUUCCUGGUGAAGAAAAGGGAACUGAAAAUGAGCCAAACUCUGAAGAUGUAGUAGAAAACCCCCCACUGGCAGUUUCUGAAUCAAAACCAAACCAUUCAGUUGUGUGCAGUGCAGCAGAUGUGGCUGGGGCAGUAGUGACCCCGGCACCAGUGCUUCAGCCUGGGGUGGCACAGGUUAUAACAGCUGUUACAGCUCCACAGAACUCUAACCUGAUUCCAAAAGUACUAAUACCUGUAAAUAGCAUUCCAGCCUAUAACACUGCUUUGGAUAACAAUCCUCUUUUGCUUAACACCUACAACAAAUUCCCAUAUCCAACCAUGUCAGAAAUCACUGUUCUUUCCUCUCAAGCUAAGUACACAGAAGAACAGAUUAAAAUAUGGUUUUCUGCCCAGCGUCUGAAACAUGGAGUGAGUUGGACGCCAGAGGAGGUGGAGGAAGCAAGGAGGAAACAAUUUAAUGGCACGGUACAUACUGUGCCACAGACAAUUACCGUUAUUCCAGCACACAUUUCAGCCUCUAGCAAUGGUUUACCUUCAAUUUUACAGACAUGCCAAAUAGUUGGUCAGCCAGGACUUGUUCUCACUCAAGUUGCAGGUACAAAUACAUUACCAGUAACAGCCCCAAUAGCUUUGACUGUAGCAGGAGUCCCAAACCAAACACAGUUACAGAAGAGUCAGAUUCACAGUGCUCAGCCUAUUGCAGAAACCAAACAAGUAGCUGCCAUUCCAGCCCCUCAGCCUAUCAAAAAUGAAUCCACACUUAUGAAUCCUGACUCCUUUGGCAUCCGAGCAAAAAAAACUAAGGAACAACUGGCAGAAUUGAAAGUCAGCUACCUUAAAAACCAGUUUCCUCAAGACUCAGAAAUUGUUAGGCUUAUGAAAAUAACAGGCCUCACUAAAGGAGAGAUCAAAAAGUGGUUCAGUGAUACACGCUACAAUCAGAGAAACUCAAAGAAUAAUCAUGGGAUUCAUCUCAACAGUGAUUCAUGUGCCACCAUUGUUAUUGAUUCAAGUGAUGAAAUGAAUGAAUCUCCAACAGGAGUCACUCCACAGAGCAAGCCAUCUUGGGGUACUUUUCCUGAUUUCACCCCACAGAAAUUCAAAGAGAAGACUUCUGAACAGCUGCAAGUCCUCCAAGCAAGUUUUCUUAAUAACCCUGUCCUUACUGAGGAAGAGAUGAAUAGAUUAAGAGCCCAAACAAAACUGACCAGGAGAGAGAUUGAUGCCUGGUUUAUAGAAAAAAGGAAAUCAAAUGUCUUGAAGGAAGAGGGAGCUGACAUGAAUGAAAGCAAUGCUGGCAGCUCAAAAGAGGAGUCUGGAGAAACAUCUGUGGGAGAUGGAGCAGCAGGAACAAAAUCAGGGUGUUCUACUUCAAGCAAAAUAGGCAAAAAAUCACCAGAGCAGUUGCACAUGCUCAAAAGUUCCUUUGUCCGUACUCAGUGGCCAUCUCCACAAGAAUACAACAAGCUGGCAGAAGAAACUGGGCUUCCAAGGUCAGAAAUUGUGAGCUGGUUUGGAGAUACUCGCUAUGCCUGGAAAAAUGGUGGAUUGAAAUGGUAUUACUAUUACCAGAGUGCCAGUGCAAACAGUCUGAAUGGCCAAGGCUUUGCAAGGAAGAGAGGGAGAGGAAGACCAAAAGGGAGGGGGAGAGGGAGACCUCGGGGGAGGCCUCGGGGAAGCAAGAGGUUAAAUUGCUGGGACAGAGGUGUAUCUGUCAUAAAAUUUAAAACUGGAACAGCAAUCCUGAAGGACUAUUAUAUGAAGCACAAAUUCCUUAAUGAGCAAGACCUUGAUGAACUGGUAGCCAAAUCUCACAUGGGAUAUGAGCAGGUCAGAGAAUGGUUUGCAGAAAGGCAAAGAAGAUUAGAACUUGGAAUAGAGCUGUUUGAUGAGAAUGAGGAGGAAGAUGAAAUGCUGGAUGAUCAGGAGGAUGAGGAAGAAACAGAUGAUAGUGAUACUUGGGAACCCCCCAGACAUGUUAAACGUAAACUUUCAAAAACAGACUGAUGUACAAUUUGGAAUUUGGGGGCCAAAAACCUAUGAAUUAGGUUUGAUGUUAUGGUGAAGAGCCAAAUGAUUUUUCAUGGCCUUCAGUUUAGCAAGCAGCUGCUUAGCAUCUUCCUUCCACAUAAGAGUACCUGGGCAAGAUGCUGCCUGUGCAGGCAAGAACUGUUUGCUUUGUUGCUACAAGAGAUGAACAUCCUCAGGCCUGGCCUGGGACAGGGGGUUACAAAUCAGAUCAAGUUCAGCUCCUUCUUUUCCACACUACCGAUGGGAAGGUUCAUGUUCAUCAUACACGUGACUGCUUCUCAAUAUUUAAUUGCCUUAUGUUGUUUAAUUCCAAAAAAAAACAGACACUUUUUUGUUGUUGUUGUUGCUGUAAGAGAACAUUGCCUGCUUGUGAAGGAGGAAAACACAAAAACAUUAGAUGUCUUUUUGCAAACAUCACUUCAUCUGAAAGGUUUCAAGGCCUGGGUUUAUUUCUUAAGGAAAGCAUUGAGAACAAAAGAGAAGGGGAAAAGUGUGACAAAAGGAACCAAUGAACCUAGGGUACUAGAUACCUAUCAUGAAAUUGUCCCUAAAGAAUCUGCUAGAAUGACAGAAGAGUCAAGUCCUCAUCUAUGCUAUGAAAUGAUCAACCACAGGAGCUCUGCUGUGAUUUCAGAAUGUUCCCCCCAUCUUCCAGUUUCAGCUUACAGAAGUAUUUCCAGCCCUGCAUAGUUGGCUAUCUGCAUGUACGCUUACAGUCUGUACAGAAAUGCACUAAAAUGAGUUGCCCUACCUGGGAAGGCUUUAUAUUGUAUAGAAAAUGUGGCACUAGGUACUGCUCUUCAAGUGCACAGGAGAGUUAACAGGUGUCAGUCUCGUUUACAGAAAUGAUGGCGCUUUGCAAUUUUCUAUAAUAUAUUGCAAUAUAUUUAAAUGUCCUGUUUGACAUGUGAAAUGAAAUUAAGUUAAUGCAUUGUUAUGUAUUUGAAGUAUGAGGAAGAUGAUUCACUAACGACCAGCAAGGUUUUUAGAAAGGUGUCCAGUAUGUAGCUGUCUGUGUGAUCUGUCUGGUGUACGUGAUAUUAAAGGAAGCAACAAUGCUGUCACUGUUUAGAAUGAAGAGUUUCUUUUGAAUGAUGCAAUAGCUUACAAUGUCUUUCCUUUGUAGCUGCCCAGUGUGGUGAAGGGGAAGCAAUUCUUGAAAAAUUUCAAGAUAACUGGUUAACUGUGAAUGGGCCUAAUCUUUCGUGAAACCAAGAAAAUUUUUGGACACACACAGGACUUGAAUACUCAAAAGGAUUGGAACUUAGUGUUGUGCCAAAGCUAAACUACUGCAGGUGGCAGUUCUGCACUGUAAAUAGAAGACUGAUUAAAAGACAGCUUGUAAAGAAAAAAAUCAAAUUUUAAUACAGUACGUUUUUAUUCUGAUACAUGAUGGAAACAUUCAAUUUUAAACCUUUUUUGAAGAGGCUUCAGUGACCACUAGAUUUUGUCCUCUUAUAUUUUGUUUGGCCUAAUACUAUAUGUUUUAGUAAGAUGGGCUUUAUUGCCUGUGUUCUUUGAUAUGUGAUUAAGCUUAUAGCUUUGAGUGACCAAACAUUUUACAGAGUAAAAGUUCUUAGAAACAGUAUAAUGUAACUGAUAUUUCUGUGUCUUAUUUAUCAGGCUCUGCACAAACUUGGAAAGUUGUGCUGGACUUGUACAACUCGUAUAUGGGAAUGCAGCAUACUUCUGGAUAUUACAAACCUAAGCCUUUGUGGCUGUAUGGAUCUUGUCUUUGGAUUUAUUUUUGUUAUUUUUUUUGAGGCACAGAAAUGAAUGGAUGCUGCUGUAAAAUAUUUGUAUUAUUGCCAUUAUUUCUUUCUGUAGCAAUUAUUGCUUUUGCUUCAACAGAUAAAGAAAAUAAAUCAGAGAUAGAAAAAUCCUAAAGACGCUGGUAGAAGAAAGGAUCAUGUGAGAACUUCUGAAAAUAAACUUUGUACCAAAAAUUUGAAAACAGAAAUAAUGGAAUAAAUGUCUCCUUACUGAG